CCCAACGUCUGGGCCCGCACUGCAGACUCGGGAUGCCCUAGGGCUGGGAGGCAGGGAGCCGGACAGUCAGGGCUUAAGGAGGGGUGGGAUGCUGUGCCCCCGAGACGUGCGUCUCCUUGAACUCGCUCUGGCAGCAGCCAAGUGUGCAGCGAGUCUGCUUCUGGCCUGCAACGACUCAGGAAGGCGAGGGAGGAGCAAGAGGAGGCAGGUGGGGCGAGGCCAAAGGAUGGCUCAGCCUGGAGAAGCCUGUUGAGCUGCAGAGGAGCGCAAGGAGCCUAGGCCUCUAGUGCGUGUGUCAAGCCUUCUCACUGUUGAGUGGAUGGACAUUUUUACCAGUGGGAGCAAUGGGAGAGUCUGUGGACUCGGAUGUCCGAGGCCUGAUCUGAAAACGUGACUGUGUCUCCCCCGGCCCCCAGGCUUUGCCGCCCUUUGUCCCCGCCCCCUCCCCGCUCAAACAGCCGCCUGUGCACCGCGUGGGCCCAUAAAGAAGGGCGCGGCGGCAAAGCACCGGGUGUACGUUUGCAGCAUCACCCACCUAAGGCUCCCCUUCUUUCCUGGUCCAGGCCGCCACCCUCUCGCCUCGUGGAAUUCGAGCUUUCAGCCCCCACCCCACCGCAUGUGGCUCUUGGAGAAAGCUGGCUACAGGGUGGGCGCCGCGGAGCCCAGGUCCCGGUGGGCGCCCUCCAGCCCGUUUCCUAAGCACCGCGCCCCGUGCCCGCUGGCUCGCGCCUGCCCCAACGUCCUCACCCCGGAUCGCAUCCCGCAGUUUUGCAUCCCGCCUCGGCUCCCGGACCCGCGCGCCGCCGAGCCCCACGGCGGGCGCGCCACGGGCGGGCGCGGCCUCCCCGCGGCGUGUUCGCUGCCGCACCUGGCGGGCCGCGAAGGCUGGGCCUUCCUGCCCGAGAGCCCGCACACGCGCCGGCGCGAGUCCCUGUUCCACCCGCCGCCGCCGCCCGCCCCCGCCGGGGGGCUGCCCCCCGCGCCGUCCCGGCUGCACGUCUCCGCCCCGGACCUGCGCCUCUGCCGGGCCCCCGACAGCGACACGGCCUCGUCGCCCGACUCGUCGCCCUUCGGCUCGCCGCGGCCAGGCCCCGACCGACCCCGGCCGCCCAGGCCGCGCUCGCUGUCCCCGGAGGAGGCGAGCUCGGCGGACACCAGCCCGCCCGCGCCGCCGCUCUUCCACCUCGACUUCUUGUGCUGCCGGCUGCGGCCGACGAAGGAGAGCGUGCUGCGCCUCGAGCCCCGGGGCGGGCAGCUGCGGCUGUCCGCCGAGUACCAGGCCUGGCCCGGGCGGCUGCGGCUGCGCCUGGUGAGCGCCGAGGGCCUGCCGCCGUCGCGGGCCGGGCCCGGCAGCGGCGGCGGCGGCGGCGGCUGCUGCGUGGUGCUGAGGCUGCGGCCGCGCGCCCGGCCGCGGGGCCAGCGGAGCCGCGUGGUCAAAUGCAGCGCCAACCCCAUCUUCAAUGAGGACUUUUUCUUCGACGGGCUCGGUCCGCCGGACCUGGCCGCCCACAGCCUGAGGGCCAAGGUGCUGGACAGGGGCGCAGGGUUCCGCAGGGACGUGCUGCUGGGGGAGUGUGAGGCGCCCCUGAUUGCCCUGCUGCCUCCCUUGGGUGGUGGGCUGGUUCCCGGGGCCUCGCUGGCGCCUGCCCAUCUCAGCCUGUAGCCUGAGAGACUGUCUCUUCCUCUGGAGGUCUCCACUGGGCCUGCAGUCCUCAUCUUUCCCACCUUCCUGGCAUGUGUUUACUUUUGCUAAUAAAAUGUCUCAA